UCGACCGAUCAAGGCCAUCUCACCAUCCCGGCGUGACACCUGUGUUCUUUCCCAUUUGUCUAUGUAAAUCAAAGGCGCGGCACAUGAUCCUCCCCCGUCAUGCCCGUGAUCCCGUCCGCCGCAGCACGCAACCCAUCGCCGCGCGCGGCGCCACCAUUAUUUUUAUCCUCCUCUUCUAUAAGCAUCCACUCCUCCUACUGGCCCGGAGAGAAACAAAUCCCAGAGAUUAGAUUAGCGAACUCGGAGCACUCCCGCUCCCGCACUUCUCUCUGUGCCCGCGACUGGGCCCCCGUCGACUCUUCCCGCUCGGCAAACCGCCCGCGCGCGAUCCGAGAACGGCGGGCGCCAUGGCGGACAACAGGUCGGCGGCAGCGGCGGCGGUGGGGCCGCUGCUGCUGCCGCGGAAGAAGUCGUCGUCGGGGGCGGCGCAGUACACCCGGAGCGCGUCGCACGCGGGGGACGAGCUGCGCAGCUUCCGGGCCUGCCUCCGCUGGAUGUGCAUCGACCACACCGACGGGCCGCGCUCCGCGGGCUCCUGGGCGGUCUUCUUCCUCCUCGCCGUCGCCGCGCCGGCCGCGGUCACCCUGGCCCUCCCGGCCUCGGCCCCGCCGCGGCCGCUGGACGGGCAGGUGCAGGUCUCGCUCACCCUGGCCGCCAUGCUCGCCUUCCUCUCCCUCUGCUCGCUGCUCCGGGUCGGCCUCCGCCGCCUGCUCUGCAUCGACCGCCUCCGGCACGACUCGGACGAGGUGCGCGCCGGGUACACCGCGCAGCUCAACCGCUCCUUCCGCGUCCUCGCCUGCUUCCUCGCGCCAUGCUCCCUCGCCGACGCCGCCUACAAGGUCUACUGGUACUGGGCCGCCGCGCCCUUCCGCUCGCCCUGGUGGAACGCCGCCGCAUGCGCGCUCGAGGCCGCCUCAUGGGUCUACCGCACCGCCGUCUUCUUCAUGAUCUGCGUGCUCUUCCGGGUCAUCUGCUACCUGCAGGUGCUCCGCAUGGUCGGCUUCGCGCGCGAGUUCGGCAGGUUCGCCGACGUCGCCGUCGUGCUGGAGCACCACCGACGGAUCAGGGACCAGCUCCGCCGGAUCAGCCACCGGUACCGCCGGUUCAUCAUCUUCUGCCUCGUGCUCGUCACCGCCAGCCAGUUCUCCGCCCUGCUCGCCACCACCAGGCCACAUGCGCGGAUCAAUAUCGCCACCGCCGGCGAGCUCGCGCUCUGCUCAGUGAGCCUCGUGGCGGGGCUGCUGGUCUGCCUCCACAGCGCGGCCAAGAUCACGCACAAGACACAGGCCAUCACGAGCGUGGCGGCGGCGUGGCACGCGGACGCCACCAUCCACGCCUUCGACAACGACCUGGAGGACCCCGACCCCGCCCUGCCCGCCGCCACCGGCUACCUGGCGCCGGCCAACGCCUACCGGGUGGCCCCCGGCGAGGAGUCCGACGGCUACGGGGACGACGACGAUGACGACGACAACAUGAGCGAGGGCUCCAUCGACGACUCCAAGCUCGUGCCCUUCCAGGUCAACAACAUGUGCUUCCAGAAGAGGCAGGCACUGGUGAACUACCUGGAGAACAACCGGGCGGGCAUCACGGUGUACGGCUUCGUGGUCGACCGGACAUGGCUGCACGCGCUCUUCAUGAUCGAGUUCUCGCUCGUCAUGUGGCUGCUGGGGAAGACGGUCGGUAUAUCUUGAAGGCCCUUUGAUGCUGUCGCCGAUUCUCCCGACGUUUGAUGCAGGGGCUCACCUCGGAUGUACAAAUUGAGCGCACAUAGUUCACUACUUCAGUAUUUCGCCACGCAUAAAACACACACAUCGUUCUUUUUUGCCCUCCUAAGUAUUAGUUGUGCAGUUUUUUUUUUUGCGAAAAUUAGUUGUGCAGUGUUUAAAAAAAGUAUUAGCCGUGCACUUGAUUUGAUGAAAAGAAUACAUAUGUGGCAAUAUUAGAUGCAAAGGGUUUGAUUGGAUGAAAUGAUGUCGAGUAAUAUUAGUCCUCAACUUCCGCAGGUCGAUCUAUGAAAAGUAUUUUUUGAAGGGAAACAUUCUUGGCCGGGGCGCCGGCCGAACCAUUGCGCCGGUCACGCGCGGUUCGUUCGAUUGCAGCAGAUCGUCUGGCCUGUGUGCGGCCUUAUCUGCUGACCCCACCGCUUUUUAAUCUACUGAACCCAACUGGUCCUCUUCCUUAUCCUUUCUUUCUUAUCCUCUUGCGUUCCCAGCCACACAGCCAUUCUUUCCCACGUCCUCUCCCUCCCGUGGUCUACCUCCAAAUAAACAGCUCGCCAGCGGCGGAAGAGGUGUGUGGCGAGCGAGCGACCCCGGAGGAGCACAAACGAAGAUGCAGAGAUGCGUAGAGGAUGACUGUCGGCAAGCGGAGGUGUGGUGCUUCAAGCUACAGCGGCAGCCUGUGGAUGCUGGCAAGAGCUACAACCAUGGCGGCCAGGUGCUGAAAUCCGCACAAAUUUUUGCUUCAAUCGGCGUUUUGUUUUUUGCUGAAACUAGCACUGUUCUGUAUGUUUUUGCUACCACCGUUUUGUAUUUUGCUGGAACCAGCGUCUUUUUUUGCUGCCACCGCGUUUUUGAUUUGCUGGAACCAGCCCUCGACUUUGCAUCUUUGCUACCACCAUGGUGGCCAGAUGCUGGAACCCGCACAAUUUUUUGCUUCCAUCGGUGUUUUGGUUUUACUGAAACUAGCGUCGUCUUUUGUAUUUUUUGCUACCACCCUUUUGUAUUUUGCUGGAACCAGCGUCGAUUUUUGCUACCAUCGCCUUUUUGAUUUGCUGGAACCAGCCCUCAACUUUGCAUCUUUGCUACCACCGGUGUUCUGGUUUGCUAGAACAAGCUUUAAUUUUUGCUACCACCAGGGUUUGGUUUGUUGGGACGCCGUCUAAUUUCCGAUAUUUUUGCUACUACCGUUUCUUGGUUUGCUGGAACCAGCCCCAAUUUUUGCUACAACUGCCGUUUGCUGCGAGACCACGGAGUUGUCGCCAUUUGUUUCUACAGAAGGACGAGGGAGGGGGAUGGGCAUCACCGGUGAGGUGAAGUGAUUUUUUGCUGGAACUGUCUUAAUUUUUUGCUAUGACCCAUGAUUUAUUUUGUUGUGACCAGCAAAUUGAGGGCGAGGUACGGCGCGAGCUCGACGACGGGGUGCUGCGGCCAUCUCCACCAGGGUUGCCAUGGCCGGUAAGCACGGUCGCCCAAGGAUGCGGCGGCGAGCGUGGGUUGCCGGUGAACACGAUGCCGAGAACGAGCGUGGGGGCGGCCAAGGAUGCGUCGGCGAGAGCCCGUUGUCGGCGAGCAUGAGACCGAGGACGAGCGCGGGCGGCCCAAGGAUGCGUCGGCGAGAGCGGGUUUCCGGCGAGCAUGAGGCCGAGGACGAGCGCGGGCGGCGCAAGUGGAAGGCGAGCGCGGCGCUGGGGAAAGUUGCACGAGACGGUGAAAUACAGGGCGAGAUGCGUCAGGAGGAAGAUGAUGUCUGGGCGAAUCGGUUUUUUUUCUAUAUAUCCAACGGCGCAUCUGGCGGCUAGGGUGCGACCGGCCGAAACUUUCGGCCGGCGCGCCGGCGCCCAGUAUUGCCCUUUUUUGAACCAUCUGGGUACACGGAUCAUGUCUUGUGGAGUAAUUACUUUACAUAAAAAAUGUAAACUUUAUUA